AUGCAUAUGCUGCAGCCAAUAAUCGCAAAGUAUUCCUCGGCUUCAAAUAUUGAUCCCGAAUCGAACACUGAUACCGCAUGCAACCAGUUGGUGGCUGACGAGGGGGAUGCGUCCGCGGAUGGCACCUCUGAUUACCAGCAUAUCUUAGCAGCGUCUGUAGAUGAUCCUGCUCAGCAGAGCAACCUGACUCCGGGAUCUGAUCUUUUAAUCUUUGCCUCUUUAUGGCAAUCUGUAAUUUCAUGUCCACAUGAAAUGUGCUCCGAUAGCACUCAUAAAAAAGACUCCUUUGUUUGUCCAAAAGUAGCGCAAGAGGUUAUUCUUACAAACAAGAAUUCGCUUUUCGAGUUUAAAACCCAAAUUUAUUGUUAUGGCAAUUCGAUAUACGAAGAUGCUGCCAAAACGAUUGUCGACCCGGAAAGUAGUUUGGUUCCGCUAAACCUUCCAAAAGACCCAAACGAUACGUCAGGAGUUAAAUUUACAAAGCUCCCAUCUUUUUUCUUUAUCGAAGACACCUUCUUUAUCGACUACACGUGCAAUGACUCUAGCUGUUCAGACCCUGUUUCUUCGAUCAUUGCAUGGCUAAAAAAUCGGCAAAAGAUGUCUGAUUCAAAAUUUUACAUACCCCCGGGCUCGCCUCCUCAAAACUUGACAGUUAAGGACAUGUCUUCCAUUUGCUUUGAGAAUAUUUCAUUCCAGUUAGACAAAUUGUAUCUAUUUUUCCACAAUGGGAACUGCGAACAUCUUUUUACGUUUAAUGAGCUCAGACUUGUGCAUCAAUACCAUUUAUCAAAGACAAGAUCAUAUCCCUAUUCUCUCUUCUAUCAAAAAAUUAAACGCAGAAAAUGUAGGCUUUGUGAGGUAUACUUUGCCAAAUACAUAACGUUCAACGACCUGCUGGCUCCUGAAGUUCCUUGCUUUUGGUGUGAGCGAUGCUAUUUGGACUUUCACAUCGAUCCAACAACCAAACAGGAAUAUUACACUGAUUUCAAACUAUAUAGAUACAUUCAAGAAUGA